AUGGCUCUCCAUGGACAUGCCUCCACUUUACCUGUAGCGGUAUUGGGACCAAACGCUCUGGCGUAUAGUGUUGUUCUUGGCCUGAACCUCAUUUCCAGUGUUGGAAUGAUCAUCAAUGUGGCUGAUAAGGAGUAUAGCUUUAAGUCAAUGCCCUCUGUUGCUUACCCAUUCCAGCCUGGCAGUGCCCACUACACACAGACAAGAGACCGUGACAAAAAAGUCACUCAAAUGACCCCCAACCGAUCAGCCCUGAAUCUUUCACUGAUAAGUUCUGUUCCACCUCCCAUUCUCUCUCUGGAGCCUGCUUGA